UUGCGUUGGGGAGAGUCAACUGGGAGAGAGAAGGAAGCAGGGGAGGGGGAAUGUUGACUCCUGCAAAGGAAGCCAUAAAGUUGUCUCUGUGACCAGCAGCAACACAACGCUCAAGAAGCUUCGACUGCUGGUAGAACUGUGGAAUAUAUUUGAAAGUGAGAUAUGCUGAGAAAUCCUGACAAACAGUGGUCGCGCUUUUUAGCCUACAUUUCAAUCCGCCAUCAAGGAGCAGAGAUCAAAGGAUAUGCUGGAAUAAUAGUCUCAAGCAAACCUUGUAAUGUGUAAUUUCCGAUUUGUUUUAAAAUAUCGAUUUUUUUUUUUGAGCGCAUGACUUGGUCAAAGGCUGUCACGGAUAGUGCCACGUUUAUAAUAGGCCUAUCUGCACUGACCAUUGCGUCUCCAGAGCUUAAAACGUCGAUAUAAUUAGCUUAGUCAUAGGUGGAACUUCACUUUUAUGUCUCGCAUUCAACUGGUUAGUUAAAUUGCAACGAAGCCCCGACCGCGCCUUGCCGAGUGGGCAUGACUGUUUUGAUUAUUCAGUUUGACAAGAGACUGCCAACAACACUCACAAUGUGGGAUUGACGGCUGAGGAAUGGCAUCGGCGAUAUUCGAGGGCACGUCUUUGGCAAACAUGUUUGUGAAAGAUUGUUGGGUUAACGGAAUCCGGAGACUUAUUAUAAAUCAGCGUGGCGAGGAAGAGGAAUUCUUUGAAAUUAGGACUGAGUGGUCAGAUAGAAAUGUUUUAUACUUGCAUAGAAGUUACUCCGAUUUUGGAAGAUUAUUGAAAAGGCUUUUGGAAUGCUUCCCUGAGGACAGACGAACCCUGUCGAAGUCACCACUAAUAGAAGGGCUUGUGAAGAUUAAGGAAGCAAGUGACAUUGAAGUGAAACUGAAUGAAGUGGAGAAGUUAUUGAAAAAUGCUAUCAACUUGCCCUGGAAGUAUUCCAGGUCAGAGGUUGUGCUUACUUUCUUUGAACGUUCACCACUUGAUCAAAUCCUAAGGAAUGAUAAUGUUCACAAGAUCCAGCCUUGCUUCCAAAGUCCAGUCAAAAUCUCUGAGAUCAUGAGAUCCAAUGGCUUCUGUCUAGCCAAUACGGAGACCAUUGUGUUUGAUGAAAACAUCCCCCAGGAGAAGGAGAGACCCUCAUCGACUGACUCAGCUGAGCAUUCGUAUGAUGACACGGAGAGUCUUCCUGUGGAGCCUGACCUCAGUGAUGAAGAGCCUGAGGCAUAUGUCACCAACCUGUCCUACUACCACCUGGUGCCUUUUGAGACAGACAUUCUGGAGUGAGAUACUCUAGACAUCAUCUACUGCACAUAUGUCAGGAAAGCAGCCAUUAGUGGUGUUCUCUUUGCUGAUUUCCAUUCAGUUCUCUUGGAGGACAUUGCAGGAGUUUUGUGAUGAAGAAGCUUAGACUCUCCGCUGAGUCACACCUCCUUGUACACAUGGCAUCAUUAUCGCAGAGGUCUCCCACAGCCAAGGAACAUUCACAGACGUGCUUUAAUCGAGUCAUCUUCACUGCCACUGAUUUGUAAAGGACUAAAUGGGAGAGGAGGUGGUUAUCAGGUCAUUUCUGGAUAUGGAGGAAGGGAAAAGGGUGGAGGAUCAGUGCUAAUCUUGAUAGGAAAUCUCACUGAGUUGAGAAAUUAUUGUGGUCACAUCUUUCAGUGUUAUGACGGUAAAUUUAUUUUUAAAUACCUGUCAUUCUCUCGCAUCCAAGGGUUGUUGAAUUUGCUCUGUCUUGGGAACUAUAAAGAUUAAAAAUCACACAGAUAUCUAGUUGCACUGCAGUUAUCUGUGAUGAAUUAUGCUCACAUUAGACUGCACUGUCAGCUUAUUUAACUGUUAUAACUUUAAAGAGCAUGAGUGAAUGCCCUGUGCCAGAGGGGUGUCUUUUGGCAUGAACCAGUACGAAAAUAUGCUUUGGUUGGAACAUUUCAGAUUCUCUACUGCGGCCUUUGGAGUGCUGUUUAUUGCGCUAGCACCACAAUAACCAUUAAGCCUGUGCAUGCAAUCAGUGUGGCCACAUGACAAAUCAAAGCUUCCCAGUUAUUUCAUCUGGCAUAGUUCAUUUUGAAAACAAGUUAGACUACAUCAUCAACUCAUUGAUACAAGCACAGUGUUGAACAGUUCAAGUGGGACUAUUCACGUUUACAUAAAAACAUGAAAGCAUUCUGCUGCAGUCAUAUUUUGUUGCAUGUUAUUUCUCCGUCACAUACAUUCUCUCAGCGCCAGUUGUGACACAGUACAAGUAUGCUGUAAAAUUUGCCAGAGUCAUGUGCAGUUGUAGAGAUAUGUGUUUUUUUUUGUUGUUGAGAGGGCACCAGACAGUCUGCAUGCAGGCUAAGUAGGCUACUUCUGCUUCUUCUUACCUUCCAUUUUCUCUGCUCAUGAGUCUGUUUAGUAACACAGUCAUGCCCCUCUCUGGACUGUGGGAAAGCAUUGCUCUUUCUUCAAUGGAUUUCUUGCAAUGUGUGUGUGUGUGUGUGUGUGUGUGUGUGUGUGUGUGUGUGUGUGUUUGUUGUGUGUGUGCGCGCGUACCUGCGUACCUGCGUGCAUGCUUGAAUGUGUAACUUUAUUUUUCUUUUUAGUUUUUUCUUCCGUUGCUCUGUUUGCAUCGACUGUGGUUGAAAGUGUUGAAGGGGAGACGAAACAGCAGAACAAUGAUCUGCAUUGUGCAGCUGAACAUAAGCAAGACUCUUCUGAAUUGAGCUGAUAAAUAAAGAUAUUUGUGCACAAUUUCUAGGAUCUAUAGCAGUAGAGGACAGUAAAUAAACUGGAAUGGUGGACAUGUAGGUAUUAAGUAUUCAUUAGCACCACAGGAUGAUUCAUGCCAGAGUACUUGUUGAUCAAGUCACUUGCCUCUAUUUGGGUAGUCAGGCUUGUCUGAGCAUUGCAGCCCAUGUUCAAUCAUAAGCUAGUGUAACAAGUCAUUAGACACCCAGGCUAACAAGUCAUGGGAAUAAUUUCUAGGGAAGGGAAGUGAUUGAGAGUUUUUUUUUAUUGCAAUUGUUUUAUUUAAUAUAAUAUGAAAGGAAAUAUUUAUUUUUGUAAUCACAAAAAUGGUCAGGUUUACAGUUGACCCGAGAGACAUUCUCACUUUGCUGAUCUUGGAGUGCCUACUAAUUUUGAUAUAUUAGAAUGAUGUAAAGAUUUUCAGUGGGUGCAGCAAUAACAUCUGACUGGAGGGCAAAAUAAGAAAAAAACCCUUGUCAGAUUGCCUUUCAUUUAAGCUAUUAGUUUAUCAGUUUAAAAGUUCAGUGCUUGUGCCUGAAAUCAUUUGCAUGUAAUAUGUUAAAGCUUUAUUUGUAAUAAACAAUGUUUUUGGUGCUGCA